CUGCUCUCCUUCGCUGUUCUCUCGCAUGUUUUCUUAUAUUAAAAGGUACUGCUCUAUUUUUACCCCGGCUUCUUCUCUGUCUGUCUCCUGUCUGUGUCUACGUCUAUGUCUACUGUCGUAGCCGUGCGUCCGCAGUUUACCUCUAACCGACUGAAAACCCACUCCAGGCACGCACUGCAUCUUCUCGGAAUCUGUCGUAAUGUAAGAUGGCGUGCCGCGCAAUGCGUCCUGCAUCUGUCAGGUCUCGCUUUGUUUGUUGUCGUUGUCGUUGCCGUUGCUGUCGUUGCUGUUUACCCUCCGCCGGAUUCGGCCUCCACCCGCCCGCAUGUGCUCUCUCGCGUCUACCCCUCCACCAUCACGGAUAUCACUGACUGCUUCUGUUCUUCUCUUCUCUACCUCUCUCUGUCUACGUUGCUAAUCCUGUCAAGUCACUCUGUGCAUCAACAUUCUACAUCCUCGUCCGUACGCGCAGUGCAGGGCACUGCAUCGAGGGCAAAAAUAAGCCUUCCUUGGCCGAUCAAAGGCUCUGCUCUUGCCGUCUCUAGGUCACCGGAGUACAUCUCCGGAAUGAUUUGCGUUUCAUGGCAUUCUUUGGUCAGCAUUCUGAACGCCUUAUCUCGGUCAUGAGCAGAUGUCGGUUUUCGGAUAUAGAUGUUGCUGUGCUUCAGAUGUUACUACUACUCAGAUGGUACUAUUAAUUGUAAAUACUACACUUGAAAUCGAACAGAACAAACAGUAAAGACCUCUAGUGCUACUCUCACAACAGCCAUCUGAUCACAUAGCUAUGAUUAGCCCCGAUAACUGAUCCCAGCUGUACGAACCAACAAAGCCU